UCCAAUCCAGAGGGUGGCGAUAUAGUUUCCAAAGAAAAGUAAACGAAGAACACGAAACCCGGAUGUUGUGUGAAGGUCUUGGGCGAGUUUAGAUAACAUUUUGCUCUUGUGUGCCUGGUAUCGAUUUGAAAAUGGGUGUUAAAAUAGAAGUGUUUAGAAUGAUGCUGUAUAUAUCCUUUCCCGUGACCAUGUUCUGGAUCUCAAAUCAAGCAGAGUAUUUUGAAGAGUACAUAGUUAAGAGGAAGAGAGAGAUCUUCCCACCUGAUGAGAAAAUGCACAGGAAAGAGUUGCAGGACUUCAAAGAGCGAAUGCGUGUUCGUAAGGAGCAGCGAAUAUUGAAACAGAUGUCUAUGGAGUCUGAGAAUUGAGGAAAAUGUGUUGAAGAAGUGUAAAUAACCCCCAGUACCACCAAUGGAGGAUUAUCUGCCAGUAUUUUCUGGGCAAAAGAAAACUGGUCGAACUGGAGUAAGAACGAGAGUCUAAGGGAAUAUUUGAUGAAUUAACACACCACAAAUGUGUGCGGAAGAAUUGCUUUGGCCCAAUAUGCCUGUUUAAUUUACAUUUUGAAUUCCUGAUCAAUCAAGGUUGUUUUGAUUUCAGUGUAAUAAAAUAAUUAUUUUUGAGAUAUAUCCAGUUGAAUCUAAUGUAAUUAUAAUAACUUAUUUUAUGAGGUGCAAAGCAUAAUAGGUGUAUUUAACCUCUUUGUUUUUUUUAAGAGUUUUAACGUCUUACAACAUGGUACCACUGUGGAUGAAAUUAGGCCCUUUUGAUAUUGAUACAACAGAAAUAGAACUUAAUACCAAAGUCUCAAACAAAUAUCCAUGAGAUGAUUCGAAUGCACAAUCACAAAUCAUAAAGUAACAUACUGCAUAUAUAUAUUUACCCUGUUCAUAAUAAUAUCAAUUUGUCAGCAAUAACUGCCUUUUGCCUAUAUAAUGAAGUAUGGGUAUAUUUAGCUUUAUGUUCUUGCUUGUCUUAUUUGAGAAUUAAAUUCACCUUAAGUAAAAGGUGACUCGCAGGCUGCAACAGGAUUAUUAUGUGAUGGAUCUAUCAUUUUCUGCAUUCAUUGGAGGUGAAAAACAAUUGGCUGCACUACUUACUAUUUAGUUGUCAGUUCUGUGAGACCUUACUUUUUAAAAAACCUGUUUAUCCAGGUUGUAAAAGUUGAUUGACCAACUAGGUCUGUCUAUUUGAUUUGUGGGAAAGACAUAGGCAUUGAAUAUGUGUUUACUUCUUGUUAACGUGUCACUUUAAUGCUGGAUUUCAUUAAAAUUGUUUUUAUUGCAA